GCAAUAUGUAAAAAAACAGGUAAAAGAUCAGUUAGGUCGAGAAAUCGAAGAUGGACAAAGCAAGAGAAGCCUUGACCGUGGGAGAAGAGGACUCGCGUGUUCUCACUAAGCUGGAAGUUCGCCCCCACCGCGCCGGUGAUGACGCCAGUUUCUACGAAGGUUUCGCUCUCCGAGGACUACGUGUCGAAACCAUCAGUCCAGGCUACCUCUCCUGCUCCUUCAAAGUUCCUCCUCGCCUCACCGACAGGAAUGGGAACAUGUCGUUAGGGGCUAUCGCUAAUUUGGUUGAUGAGGUGGGAGGGGCAGCCAUGCAUGCUGACGGCCAUCACAUGAAGGUCUCUGUCGACAUAUCCAUCUCUUUUCUCGCCAACGCUAAGCUUCAUGAUGAACUGGAAAUAACUUCCAGGGUCCUGGGACACAGAGGCAGCUACUACACUGGAACAUACGUGCUCCUGAGAAACAAAACCAGCGGGGAAGUUAUCGCUGAAGGUCGACACUCAUUGUUUGGCAAUCUUAGAAGCAAGAUUUGAUCUCGCUCUUUUGCUGACUUUUAUUUUAACAAAAUGUAUGAGGGAAUAAAGUUCUUCCUGAAUCUUGAUAACUGUUUGUGUACUGUUAUGUUUCAUGGAGUCUUCAAGCUCCAACAUCACACAUAACAAACAGAGGAUUAUAAUUCUAGCUUCAGGGAAAGACGAUUUAGGUGCAGAAAAUGUUUUUCGAUGCAUUGGCUUUUUGAACUUCCUGGGUGUCUCUUUCUUUUUGUUGGUCUUAAUGCUUGAUGAUUAGUGUUUUAUGC